GCGUCAGGAGGAGGUCGUUUCAGGAGGUGCAGUCAGGUUGAGGUUAGAGGGGGUUAUACAAUAACACACUUCUUCUCACUGUUUUCUCCCUGAUCCAGAACCAUGAAUCCCGAUAUCCUAAAAGAGCGGCAAAAAGCCACUUUUGACGUCGAAAAACUCACCAACAUUUUGGACGGCGGCGCCGAGAAGACCACAAGAAGACGAGAAAUUGAAUCAAUGGUCCUCAGCGACCCGGACUUUCAGGAGGAAGACCCAAACUUCCUGUCCCGCAGCGAGCGCUAUGACCAGGCUAUUAGAAAGAGUGCCCAAAUGAUCCUGAAGCUCAGAGAGUAUGGCAUUGCAGACCCGGAGGAGAUCUACUGCUAUAAGAGUAUGGUUGGAGGCAACCACAUUGAGGCAGUGGGGCUGCACUUUGUCAUGUUCCUCCCAACCCUGUACAGCCAGUGUGACCCUCAGCAGUCCAGGAAAUGGUUACCUCUGGCAGAGUCCUUCCAGGCCGUGGGCACAUACGCCCAAACUGAGAUGGGUCACGGUACCCACCUCAGAGGACUGGAGACCACCGCCACAUAUGAUCCAGCCACACAGGAGUUUGUCAUGAACAGUCCCACAGUCAGCUCCAUCAAAUGGUGGCCGGGAGGACUUGGAAAGACCUCAAACCAUGCCAUAGUCCUAGCCCAGCUUUAUACUCAGGGAAAGUGCCAUGGCCUGCACGCAUUCAUCGUAAACAUCCGUGAUAUGAGCACACAUCAACCGCUUCCAGGUAUUGUGGUUGGAGACAUUGGCCCCAAGUUUGGCUUUAAUGAAGUUGACAACGGCUUCCUUAAACUAGAGAACGUACGAAUCCCUCGGGAUAACAUGCUGAUGAAAUACGCCAAGGUGGAGCCAGAUGGAACUUAUCUGAAGCCGCCCAGUGCCAAGCUGACUUACGGCACCAUGGUUUUCGUACGCUCCAUGAUCGUACGCGAGUCAGCUCGGGCCCUCUCCAAGGCCUGCACCAUCGCCAUCCGUUACAGUGCCGUUCGUCACCAGUCUGAAAUGCGGCCGGGAGAGCCAGAGCCCCAGAUCAUCGACUACCAGACGCAGCAGUAUAAGCUGUUCCCUCUGCUGGCUAUGGCCUAUGCCUUCAGUUCUGUCGGACAGUACAUGUACCAGACCUACCACCGCAUCACUGGAGACAUCAACCAGGGGGACUUCAGUGAACUGCCUGAGCUCCAUGCCUUGUCCGCGGGUCUGAAGGCCUUCACCACAUGGGAAACUAACGCCGCCAUCGAGGUUUGCCGCAUGUCAUGCGGUGGACACGGCUACUCUCGCAGCAGCGCCUUGCCAGACAUUUACGUCUCGUUCACCCCCACCUGCACCUAUGAGGGAGAAAACACAGUCAUGAUGCUGCAGACCGCAAGAUACCUGGUGAAGAGCUACCGUCAGGCCAAAGAAGGCCAGCAGCUGAGCGGCAUUGUGUCGUACUUGAAUGAAGCAGACCAUCGGAGAGUCCAGCCCCAGCCUGUCGCUGCAAGACCAACCGUGGUGGACAUCAAUGACCUGGCUAGCCUGGUGGAGAUCUACAAACUACGAGCUGCCACUCUAGUGGAGCUGGCAGCUAAGAGCAUCCAGCAGGAGCUGCAGCGCAGGAAGAGUCAGGAGGAUGCCUGGAACAACAGCGCUAUCGACCUGGUCAGAGCCUCAGAUGCUCACUGUCACUAUGUUGUUGUGAAGCUCUUCACUGACAAGCUGGGUGAGAUCGGCGACACGGCCAUACACUCAGUGCUGUCAACCCUGGCUCUGCUCUACGCUCUCAAUGGCAUCACAAAGAACUCUGGAGACUUCCUACAGGCUGGACUGAUAAAUGUGCCCCAGGUGCUGCAGAUUUCUGUCCGUAUUAAGGAGCUGCUGUCUCAGCUGAGGCCCAACGCUGUGGCGCUGGUAGAUGCCUUUGAUAUCCAUGACAAGAAGCUGAAUUCAGUCCUGGGACGAUACGACGGGAACGUUUACGAGAACAUGUUCGAAUGGGCUCGCCGUUCACCCCUAAACUCCACAGAGGUCCAUGAGUCUUUCCACAAGUACCUGAAGCCCCUGCGGUCCAAACUGUGAGCCGACCCUCGCACCUUGAUUUCCUGGCUGUGACCCUUCAACACAGCUAAAAUAGGCACAAUCUUAACCAGGGGUGUAACGGUACAGAGAAUUCAUGGUUCGGUACGUUUUUCAGUAGAGCAGAAAAAAAAAGAAAGGUAGAAAACAACAUUUUGGUCCUUUUUUAUUUUCAAAAAUGUAAAUAUCCAACAACGGCUCAUUGGACAAAACUAUUACUGAAACAGUUUAGUUGUGCUGUAGUGGAAAACAACCUGGGACACCUGCUUACAGCUGAUUUAUGGUCUAACUGUAUAUAAAGUAGUUGAAAUUAGCUCCAGCAGCUACAACAGUAACAUGCUGCUCACA